AUGGCGUCUAUAAAGAAUUCACAGAGGCUGCUUGCACAACUCAGCAGUUCCCGCAUCAGCAUCGCCAGCCAGCUCCGACAACCGCAAUUGGGUCGCAGACUCGUCUCAACCUCCGCAAAGUAUCAUUCUAAGGGUCAACAGUCCAACCCUGUCUUCACCCGCUUUCUAAUUGGAGCAAUUGGUAUUGCCGCAGCGGCACCCCUCGCCUACAAGAUGGCCGUUCAGGAACCCUUCGAGCUCGAUACCGUAUCGCUGGCCGAGCGUGACGCUCUUACCAAGCAGGAUGCCGAGAUCACUACCGACUCGCCUAUGCGCCUGCGCAUGGAGAAGUUCAUCAAGGAGCAGCAGCAGAUUAUUGUGAAGGAACUUGAGAGGGUUGAUGGAGGCAAGUUCCGCAGAGAUGAAUGGAGCCGCAAGGAAGGCGGCGGCGGUAUCACCUGCGUUCUUCAGGAUGGCAACGUCUUCGAGAAGGGCGGUGUUGGUGUUUCCGUCGUCUACGGAACUCUUCCCAAGCCCGCCAUUGCCAAGAUGCGCGUGAACCACAAGAAUCUGGACGACAGCGUCGACGCUCUCCCCUUCUUUGCCGCCGGCCUGAGCAUGGUCUUGCAUCCCAAGAACCCCAUGGCCCCGACUGUUCACCUCAACUACCGCUACUUCGAGACGACACACCCCGACGGCACCUCGAAUGCUUGGUGGUUCGGUGGUGGCAGUGACCUGACCCCCUCCUACCUCUUUGACGAGGACGCAGUCCACUUCCAUAAGACCUUGAAGGAGACAUGCGACGCGCACGACAAGAGCUACUACCCCCGUUUCAAGAAGUGGUGCGACGAGUACUUUUACAACAAGCAUCGUAACGAGUGCCGCGGUGUGGGCGGCAUCUUCUUCGAUGAUCUCGAUGAGACGGAAAAGGACCGUGAGAACACCUUCGCCUUCAUCCAGGACUGCCUUAAGUCUUUCCUGCCCGGCUACAUCCCCAUCCUUGAGAAGAGGAAGGACAUGCCAUUCAACGAGCAGGAGAAGGACUGGCAGCAGAUUCGCCGCGGCAAGUACGUUGAAUUCAACCUGGUCCACGACCGUGGAACCGCCUUCGGCCUAAACACCCCUGGCUCGAGAGUUGAAAGUAUCCUGAUGAGCUUGCCCCUGACUGCAAGCUGGAAGUACAUGCAUGAACCGGAACCCAAGAGCCGCGAGCAGCGUCUCGUUGACGUGCUGAGGGCUCCCAAGGAGUGGGUUUAG